CACGCGUGAGAUUCCGCUCCACAUGGCGGUGCUCCUGAAGAGAUUGCUGCGGGCGGGGAGGCCCCCGGCGGCCUUUGGCCGCUCAGUGGUGCGGCUGGAAGCCAGCCUGGGCACUGAUCCCGGGGCUGCGGUGCGAGUGAGGUUCGCCCCCAGCCCCACAGGCUUCUUGCAUCUGGGCGGCCUCCGGACUGCCUUAUACAACUACAUCUUUGCCAAGAAACAUGGAGGAAGCUUCAUCCUGAGGCUGGAGGACACGGACCAGACCCGCCUUGUGCCUGGGGCUGCGGAGAACAUCGAGGACAUGCUGGAGUGGGCAGGCAUCCCCCCGGAUGAGAGCCCCCGCCGAGGAGGUCCAGCUGGGCCCUACCAGCAGUCUCAGCGACUUGAGCUCUAUGCCCAGGCCGCUGAAGCUCUGCUGAAGACUGGAGCAGCAUACCCCUGUUUCUGUUCACCACAGCGGCUGGAACUCCUGAAGAAGGAGGCCCUGAGGAACCGCCAGACACCCCGGUACGACAAUCGGUGCCGGAACCUAAGCCAGGGGCAGGUGGCCCAGAAGCUGGCCAAGGAGCCCAAGCCUGCCAUCCGUUUCCGCCUGGAGGAGGAGGCACCGGCCUUCCAGGACCUGGUGUAUGGCUGGAGUCGGCAUGAAGUGGCCAGCGUGGAGGGGGACCCUGUCAUCCUGAAGAGCGAUGGCUUCCCCACCUACCACCUGGCCUGCGUGGUGGACGACCACCACAUGGGCAUCAGCCAUGUGCUGCGAGGCUCCGAGUGGCUGGUCUCCACUUCCAAGCACCUGCUUCUCUACCAGGCCCUGGGCUGGCCGCCACCUCGCUUUGCCCACCUGCCGCUGCUCCUCAACCGGGAUGGCAGCAAACUGUCCAAGAGGCAAGGGGACAUUUUCCUGGAGCACUUUGCAGCUGCCGGCUUCCUGCCCGAUGCCUUGCUCGACAUCAUCACCAACUGCGGCUCAGGCUUUGCAGAUAACCAGAUGGGCAGGACCUUGCCGGAGCUGAUAUCACAGUUUGACCUGUCCCGGAUUACCUGCCACUCAGCCCUGCUGGAUCUGGAGAAGCUCCCAGAAUUCAACCGACUGCACCUCCGGCGGCUAGUGAGCAGUGAGACACAGCGACGCCGGCUGGUGGGGAGGCUGCAGGCCCUCGUGGAGGAGGCAUUUGGGAGCCAGCUGCGGGACAGGAGCGUCCUGGACCCCGCCUACGUGGAGAGGAUCAUUCUGCUGAGACAGGGUCACAUCUGCCACCUGAAGGAUUUGGUCUCCCCGAUGCACGCCUACCUGUGGAUGCGCCCCGCUGUGGGCCGAGCGCAGCUGGACACCAUCUUGGAGAAGGUGGAUGAGGUCGCCACACGCGUGCUGCGGCUCUUCGAAGGACCCAGUACAAGCUUAACUCAGGAGGUGCUGAAUGGAGAACUGAGGAAGCUGUCAGAAGGUCUGGAAGGCACCAAACACAGUAACGUGAUGAAGCUCCUCCGAGUAGCCCUGAGUGGACAGCUGCAAGGACCGCCAGUAGCUGAGAUGAUGGUGUCCUUGGGCCCAAAGGAAGUGCGGGAACGCAUCCAGAAGGUGCUUUCCAGCUAGAGAGAGGCGCGUUCUGGGGGAGAUGUCCCAGGAACCUGGACGCAUGCAGCUGCCUGCAGAGAGGAGGAGCAGGAGACCUGAGCCUGUCAGGACACUUGAGGAGGGAAGCAAGAGUGGAAACAGACUUUGUGCCCAUGAGCACAGCACGGCUCCACCACAGACCCGUCCUCGUGGGUUGGCCAAGGAGGUGCAGCCCCCCUCAGCUCCUUGACUCUGGAAGGGAGCUUCAUGUCCGGUGACACAGCACACAGCAGAGGUUAGAAACCGGAGGACUUGUGCCCUGGUCCACGGGGGCUGCCGUAACAACAGCCCACAGACUGGGGGUGUAAAUAGCCCAAAAUUUCUCUCUUCACAGUUCUGGGGCUGGAAGUGCAAGCUCAAGGCCUCAGAGGUGGUUUUCCUUGAGGCCUCUCUCCUUGGAUGAGAUGUCUGCCUUCUGGCCGUGGCCUCACCUGGGCCUUCCUGCUGCCUCUGAGUGUCCUCUGGUAAGGACACCAGCCAGCUUGGCUUAAGCCUCCCUCCCAGCCUCAUUUUAACUUAAUAACCUCCGCAAAGCUGUAACCAAAAUAGGUUACAUUCUGAGGUGCUCUUAGGGCUUCGACAUAGGAAUUUCGAGGAGACAGUUCAGCCCAUAACCCAGCAAGAACUGGCUCAUGGAUCCUGUUUUUGGGGUACAGUUUGGAGUUGGAGCCAUGAAAGGCAGGACUGACACAAGCAGGGCUGACAUGGGUGCCAGAUUGUAAAGGGAGAAGCUGCUCACCUGCCCAAGAGGAACUGCUUUGCACUGAUUGUCCUCCGGCAGCCUUUGUCUCCUUCCCCUCAAGCUCGUCUGUUCUCUCUUCCAGUGCUCCAGACUUGGUCCUUGGGCCAGGGACCUUCACCCCACCUGUCUUACCUCCUUCUCCAUAUCCACAUGCUCCUUCCACCCAUUACUUGAAAGGCACUCUGCGUAUUUCUGAGUGAGGUGGUCUUGGGGUGAAUAGCAAGAACUAAAGUCAAUAGAGGAUGAUGACUGAGCCCAAGGCCCCCUGUGGGCCACUAAACUGACCCCCAACCCCCAUGUGGCAACAGGAUUCCAAGACAGCUCCCAGACACAGCGAAUGGGGCACACGGCUCCCACCUAGUGCUGGGGUGCCUUACUCCCAGGAAAGCCAGUGUGCACAUCAUGAGGACAUGCACACAGCGCUGGUGAGGGGUCCCGUGACCAGGAGCUGAGCCCUCCUGCCAACAGCCUGGGGAGCUCAUCCUGACUGCGAUGCUCAGGGAAGAUCUUGAGCCAGAGCCACUCUCAGCCUGAGCCACACUCAGAUUAUGAGAAUAAAUGUUUGCUUAUUAUUUAGAGCUCUUGGUUUGGAGAUAAAUUGUUGCGCAAUUAAAAACAAAUACAUUUACCUUGUCUGGGGGAGCGUGGAGAGGUUUGCUGAGCCACUUGGAGACUUUUGCGCGAAAGGGUAGGUAAAGUUCUCUGGCUGCAAGCCAUAGAAACCAGCUCUGCCUAGCUUAGGUUUAUCGGGAACUCUCACUUCAUGGGGAGUUUCUUUAUGAAAGUCGAUACUCUGUGGAAAAGCCAAAACCAGGUCUUGGAAAAGACAGGAGCCAGAGAAGCGCACCUGCAUUCUUCAGUAUGGACAGCCUUGGAAAAGUAUUCCAAGCAAAGAGGUGAAAAGAGAACUACACAACCUCUGACGGGGUCAGAGCUGAGGGUAGUUGGGGGAGCGGUAGAAGAAGCAGUCGAGAAAUCCGACGGCCCGGUUCAGGGGGUCAGGUGCCAUCUGAUGCCAGUCACCAACUCCAGAUUCAAGCCAGCUUAAGGAAGAGUUCGUGUCCUUCAAAACAGGAAGUGCAAGGUGGGCACCAGGCUUGGUUAAUUAAGUGUGCAGUGACAUCAGUGUGGCUGCUGGGUCUUUCCAUCUCUGCUCUACUGACUCCACCAUCGGCAACAGCGUGGAGUGGCCCCCUUCUGGUCACAGGGCAGCCCUAGCGGUUGGGGGAGCGAGGGGUAGAAGAAGUGGUUGAGAAGCAGUCGGCCUCUGCACACGCCCCUUCUUUGAGGCUCUCCCCCAAGGCGAGCAACUCUUCAAGCGCCCUCCUCCGCCAACUUCCCCCUUCUUGAACACAUCAGCCUGUCAUUCUGGGGCAGUGGAAGUUCCCCAAGAGCAGUCAGGCCCUGGCCAAGGCAGGGCCAGCUCUUCUGAGGGUCUUGAUGGGGCCCACAGCGAGCUUUAAAAACCUAACAAAGCAGGGGUUCAGUUAGUGAAAAUGAGUUGGGCCUUUUUUUUUUCCCCUUUAUAUUUUAAAGACAUUUUAUUGGGAAAAAGAAAGAUAAGGAGAGGCACCUGCACAGACAGGUGGGCAGGAGAGCUGCUGCUGCUUUGUAAAGGGAAAUUGUGGGGGGAAAACACCGUCACAAUCAUAGUUGGCCUGGAGCUGCCAACUUGGGUCUCUAUAAGGUGCAAGGUCGGGAGCCAUUGAAAUGUUUUAAGUAGGAAGUGACCUGAUCAGAUUUGUUUUAUUUUUUCUGAAAGACCAUGCUAGCAGCUACACUGAGAGAGAUGAGCAGGGCCAGAAGCAGGGCACCCCUAUAGGAGAUGACAGGCACAAGGAGGUUUCUUGUCAUGGCUGAACCCCAUUUCCUGUGUGUAGGCUGACCCCUGCCUGGCCUUCACUUCUCCUGUUCCUGCCUUGAACACACCCUUCUCUCUGUUCUGCCACCUGGGCCUUCUUGAGGUCUUUGGGCAAGUGGGGUUCCUUCUUGCCUCCUUGCUGCUCUGCUUUCUAGAUUGCUCUCAGCCACCCCUUCUUUCCCUUUGCCGAAUAACUUCUGUCUUAGCCUUCAGAUGUCAGCUCCCCUCUCACCUCUGACUUUUCUUCUAGAAAGUCUUUGUCCUUAAUCAUCAGCUCCUUGUUCUCUUCCACAGCACACAACUGGAAUUGUGUGAGUGAUUCGUUGUGUGGUGCCAGGUGCAAGGUUGCAUGAGAACAGGGACCUUAUCUGUCUUGUUUACCACUGUCCACCGCCCCCCUCCCAACCCUGUGCUAAGAAUGGGGCCUGUUAACAUAGGAAGUGCUCAAGAGAUACUAAUCAACCCUGUGCUAAGAAUGGGGCCUGUUAACAUAGGAAGUGCUCAAGAGAUACUAAUCACAGAACAUCUGUGAUUAAAUCGUGUGGUCAGGACAUGCAACCAAGUGUAUCCAGGCUGACUGCCACAGUCACUGUGUUCAGUUAAGUUUAGAGAAAAGAUGACAUGCCUAAAAUGGAGUCACCUACGCUAAGCCCCAUAUCACCAAACUGACUGAAUUAGAGCUUCAUCUUCUCCAAAAAAUAAAGUCUGAAACCAGUCAAGCAGGAACAGCCUGCUCAGACCCCUGCCAGCCCUGAGGAAAGCGACCUUGCCACACCCAUCUGCUGUUUGCUAGGACCUCUGUGUUCCCACUUCGCGUCCCUUUGCUGUGUAUGGCUCCUCCAACUCCUGUCUGCUAGACUUGAAGCUGCCUGAUUUGUGAGUCAUUGAAUAAAGCCAGUAAGAU